CUUAUAUCGUCCGUCUCUCCAUGAAAAUCCAGGCUCCGCUUCGGCUUCCCCCUCCGUUCUUGGCUACCCGGUCAUGGAGUCUCUUUCCGUAGGCCUCUCGUCAUCCCCGUUCCAGAGCCCUGAUGCCAAAAACCACAGACCCACCCUCAAACCCAUUCAUCAAUUCCGCCAAAAUUACUACUCCAUUUCCAAUUCAUUCAGUUAUUUCCAAACCCAGAUUAUUUCUCGCAAGAAAACCACCUGCUCACCCCUAACACAAUCGUCAAUUCAUCUAUCAAACACGCCUUCUUCUACCUAUUUCUCAAAUCUCCCGAAGACCCAUUUUCCAAGUCUCAAGAACAACCAUUCUUUUCUCCAGAGUCGUCUGAAAUCACAUCUAUUUUUCCUUUGUUCGGGACUUGCUUUCCCUCUCUGUUGCUUUGCUUCCGAGAUUGUGGUACCCACUGAGGAAGUUCCUAGCAAAAUCAAUUUGGAAGCAGUCCUGGUCUCGAUUGACGACUUUUUCAAUCGAAACCCAUUUUUUGUAGCUGGAGUUACAUUUAUUUGGCUGGUCGUAAUACCACUAACGCAAGAGUUCCUCCAGAAAUAUAAGUUUAUUUCGGCCAUUAACGCGUUCCGGAAGCUCCGUGAUGAUCCGAGUACUCAGUUGUUAGACAUCAGGGACAAGAAGAGUUUGCAGUACUUGGGUUCUCCCAAUUUGAGGAUUUUGAGCAAGAGCGUCGUGCAGGUUGAGUAUAGGGAAGGAGAUGAUGAAGGUUUUGUGACGAAGGUUUUGGACGAGUUGGCAGAACCGGAAAGUACCGCAAUUUGUGUUAUAGACAAUUUUGAUGGUAACUCCAUGAAAGUGGCUGAGCUUUUGUUCAAGCAUAGUUUUAAAGAAGCUUAUGCAAUUCGAGGUGGGGUUAGAGGCAAGAAUGGGUGGCAGGCCAUCCAAGAAAAUCUUCUUCCACCUUCGGUUCACAUCUAUCCUAAGAGGAAGGUAAAAAUGUCCGAACAGCCUGAAAUAAAUGGAGGAGUGAAUGAUCAGAUAAACAAUCAGGCCGCCUCUUCUACAACUCUUUCCACAGGCCCAGAGGUAGACAUUGGAUAGACUGCAUGCAUUCAACUCUCUUUGAUGCAACACAAGCCUGCACACAUGAAAUAUUUUUUAUUUUCAGUACGUAACAAGAAAUGUUUUUAUAUAGUCAAUCAAUGCUGCAUAUUUUGACCGUGCAGAUGUUUUUUUUUUUUCCCGUCACAAAGUCCUCUGAUUAUUUGUGAUUUUAUUUGCUGUAUUGCAAUUUCGUUGUAAUGUCAACUACUCAUGUAGGAAAUAGUAACCAAACAUUGCAAUUAGAAUAUCAGUGCACGCAAUGGGCAAAUGCAUGUGGAUGACA